AUGGCACCAGGCUACAGGUCGCCCUUCGACCACCAUCUACCCCCCAGCAUCGCAAACUACAACUUCUAUCACCCAAAAGCCACGCUCCUCGUAUUCCUCGCCAUCAUCCUCUGCGUCUUAUCCGUCACCGUCUACAUCGAACUCAGCACUAUUCGCGCCAUUGCGGAGGAGGAGCAGCACGCCAGCUUUCGUGAGCAGCAGCAGCAGCAACAUGGUCCAAAGGGCGGCUCCCCACUGCCGGAUAUGACCCUCGAUCGAGCCGCUAUGAUAGCGAAUUAUUCUGUCGUGCGCUCGGGAAGGGAUCCUCGAAGGGCUGUGAAUAUCCGCCAUCUGUUCCUCCGCGAAGAGGGCUAUGUCGAAGCGACCAGAAAGUAA